UUAUGGAGAAAACUCAAAAACUCAAGUCAACUUUUUCGCAUUAUUACUUCGCUCAUCUCCACACUGUGUUCCAACAAUGGACAGAUCUCUCCGACGAGAUUAUCGGUUAUGCAGGGACAGGAGGCCCAGCUUUGGGUAUUCAACUACAACAAGACCUGCUGUCCGAGAUCAUUGUCAAUCACACAAGUUCAAAGUUCCCCGUGUCUAAAGUUCACCAAAGACGAGUGGCUCAAUGGCUAAGUGACCUCUGUCAGGAGCUUAAUUGGACCCUGCUCCCAGAGUUCCAGACCUGGAUGGACCGUGACCCGCAUUUACGGGAGCCAGACCACAUUUUCAAAACGUACGAAUACUCAAAUGACUCGGGAGUUAGAGUGGUGCUUCUGGAGGAGAAUCGAGAUCCCUUGGGACAGGGGACCACAGGUCUGAUCUCUUGGCAAGGUGCGUGCAUGUUAGGCGCGUGGUUCGAAACCUUUGGUGACCAGUUGGAAGGGAAGCGAAUCCUUGAACUAGGAUCCGGAUUGGGUUUGUUCGGAAUGAGCCUAUUGAAGCAACGUCAUGUAAAAAGUUACUACUUUACGGAUUGUCACCCUAAGGUAUUGAGCUUUCUACAAUUGAAUUAUGAGCUCAACUUUACAGAUAAGGGGAUGAUUGGGCAAAAUGAUUUAGACCAGUGGAUUGAGACUCCUCCACAAAUAAUGCCAGGCACAUCCAAAGCGGAUUCAUCAUGUGUACAUAUCCAAAAACUGGAUUGGACUGACUUCAACAUCCAAGACAUGCCCGAGGUGGACGUGAUUUUAGGAUCGGAUCUAGUCUAUUCCGUUGAAUUGUUGCCGAAUCUAGCCAAAGUGAUUAGAAUGGCUUUAAGCAAGAGCUCUGACGAACAUUCAAAGGCCAUCAUUUCAUGCACUCAAAGAAACCAUGAUCAUCUAGAACAGUUCUUAAAUUGUCUUCGAAAAGAGGCCCUAGACUACUGUGUCCUUACUAGACGAACAUUCAAUCCCAAUGAGAAUAUGCUUAUUCAUCAUGAACCUUUCAAACCUAUCAUACUCUACGAAAUCAAAUUAGAUCAACAUGCUAAAUAAAGACAGUACAACACACAAUAAGACAAGCAAGCCUCUCUUUCCAUGCAUUUAUGAAAUUUGGAAGUAAGUUUGGCCUAACUCUAUAGUUUUUUCGGCUCCUGAAUUUCUG